CAGUCACCGUUCCCGGUGGUGACGAUGGUACGUCGAUCGUUCUGAGACUUCAGUCGCGUUUUAUCCCUCCGGACGGAGCAAACCAAACCAAACAAGGGCCGAGCCCUUCUUCGACCACGAACCACGGUUGGACAUUCGAUCGACGGCACGUGCGGCCUUAUCCCUUGCUGGAAACCGCGGCAGGAAGUGUGUGAGUGUUUGUUUACCCAAUUGAUUGAAUUUCGAUCACCGAUUGAAACCUGCCCGCGUGUGUGUGUGUGCGUGUGAAAGUGAGAUUUUGUUUUUCUCCGUGCCCACAAAAAAGGCGUGUCAAAAUCCACCGCCUGUAAUGUGAUUAUCCGUUCCAAAUCGUGUCGAUAUCCGGUCGAGAGCCAAGGUGUCGAAAUUGCCCGCGUAUCAUUAAACUCCACUUCCGCGUAAAUGUGAUAAGAAAGGGGGAGGAGGAAAAUCGGUGGACAAGAAGCGCACCCGACCAUUGUGGAAAGUUAUUGAAAAGCGAUUGCAUCACCGGAUCACCGGAUCGGUGCUGGGUAAAAGUGCACCAUGAAGAACAACGGCACCCUCAACUACUUCACCGAAUCGUCCGACGAGGACGACGAGGAAACGGUCAUGAUCAAAAAAGUGCAGCAGGACAACAAGCUAUGGGACUCGUUCCAGGAUCCGCCAGUACCGCAGACAUCCGGUUCUGCCGCCAGCCGGGAGUAUCUGCUCGUGUUCAUCAAAGGACUGAAGGUGUUUACCUACAUCUUCGUGUUUCUCGUCAUUCUGGCCAGUGCGUGCUUUGCCAAGAUGUCCUUCCUGCUGAUGGUAUCGAACAUCAAGGACGGUACCAAGAAUCGUUACUGUGACGUUCGGCAACCGGACAAACAAUUCGAGGCGUAUAUUCCACGCGAGCAACGGGUAGCCUGGAUGUGGGCAAUCGUGUUCUCCUUCGCCGUACCCGAGGUCGGUACCUUCAUCCGCGCGUCACGUAUCUGCUUCUUCAAGAACAUUCCACGCCCAUCCUGGGGCCAGCUGUUGAUGGUCACGGUCAUGGAAAGUUUCCACGUGAUUGGCCUCGCGAUACUGGCAUUUCUUGUUUACCCCAACCUGGACGUCGUUAAGGCAGCGAUGCUGACGAACUGUGUCUGUCUAGUCCCCGCCAUCGGAGGACUUCUGUCCCGUUCGCCCAAAGAGUCGAAGCUGGCGUUUAAGUACAUCUUCGACCUGCUUGCGAUCAGUGCCCAGCUUACCGGGUACGUCGUGUGGCCCCUGCUAAGCAAUCAGUUCGAGCUGUGGUUCAUCCCCGGGGCCAUCUUCCUCGUAUCGUGUCACUGGUGGGAAAACUACCUUUCGCAAAAAAGUCUCCUUCGUCCGAUUGCUCUUUUUGCCGGUAUACGUGAAAAAUUAACAGACUGUCGAUACCAGACCUAUCUGCUGAUCGCGCCGUACAAAAUUUUGCUCUUUCUCGGUGCCUGCAUCUAUCUGUCCGGGCAAACCGUGUCCGAUUUCUUCGGGAUGUUCGACAGUGGCUGGGGUAAUCAUACCAUUACAGUACGCGAGCCGUCUCAUAGCAUAGCGUCCUUUUUACGCUUGCAGAUGGAGGCCGUUCUGAACGAAAAGUUCCCGGACCUCUCGUCCAUCACGUCCGAUCUGGAGGUGCAUGAAAUAUUCCCCACCAGCAACGCCAUCAUCUGGACGACCGUCACGCACAUCCUGUGUGCGUACCUGUGCUACAUCUUCAGCAAGUUUGCGUGUAAAAUUCAAAUCCAAAGCUUCUCGAUGGCGUUCCCCAUUAACCUAACGGUCCCAGUUACUGUCACCUUGCUGCUGGUGUUUUGUGGCCUGCGGGAGGCGGAUGUCUGUGCGUUCGAUAACAUUCUGCCGGAUUACAUCUUUUUCCGCAUGCCGCCGAUAUACUACCUGUUCGAUUACGUGGUGAAUGAGUUCUCCUGGCUCUGGCUGCUCUGGCUACUGUCGCAGACCUGGAUCACACGCCAUCUGUGGAUGGCCAAGAGCGAUCGUAAUGCGUCCACGGAGAAACUGUUUGUCACGCCGAUGUACAACAGUCUCUUGAUAGACCAGAGUGUUGCCAUGAAUCGUCGGCGUGAGGAUCAGGAAGAUUUUGUCAAGAAAAUUGACAUGGUGAAGGUGAAAGACACCGAAAAGGCGAACGAAAUCGAUGCAAAGGCAAACGAAGGUAAGGACGACAGGAUCAAACCUUACGAUCGCAUACCGCAGAUCUUCAUCUGCGCUACUAUGUGGCACGAAAACAAGGAAGAGCUGAUGGAGUUCUUAAAGUCUAUCCUACGACUCGAUGAAGAUCAGUGCGCGCGGCGGAUGGCGAUGAAACACAUCCAGGCGAACAAGGAUGACAUCGAUCCGGACUAUUACGAUCUUGAGACUCACAUUUUCUUCGACGACGCCUUCGUCAAUGAUAAAUCCAAGUGCGAAAGUGCCGAUGCGUCCCCGCUCAACUCCUACGUCAAAACGCUUAUCAACCACAUAGAAGAAGCAGCACUGGAGGUGUACAAAACGAAGAUGCGCGUGUAUCCACCGACCAAAAUCGUCACUCCGUACGGUGGUCGCCUCAUCUGGACUCUGCCCGGACGAACGAAAAUGAUUGCACAUCUGAAGGACAAGAACAAGAUUCGACACAAGAAGCGCUGGUCACAGGUCAUGUACAUGUACUACCUGCUGGGCUAUCGGAUCAUGCAGCUUAAUACAUCUCCCGAGCGCAAGAUGGUCAUUGCACAGAACACAUACCUGCUGGCACUGGACGGGGACAUUGAUUUUCAACCAAAUGCCGUAUCGCUGCUUGUCGGGCGGAUGAAGGUUGAUCCCGAUCUUGGAGCUGCCUGUGGACGCAUUCACCCGGUCGGUACGGGUCCGAUGGUGUGGUAUCAAAUCUUCGAAUACGCCAUUGGACAUUGGCUGCAGAAGGCUACCGAGCACGUGAUCGGUUGUGUGCUGUGUUCUCCCGGUUGUUUCUCGCUGUUCCGUGGUCGAGCGCUGAUGGAAAACUCGGUCAUGAAGAAGUACACCACCAAGUCGGACCAGGCACGGCAUUACGUACAGUACGAUCAGGGCGAAGAUCGAUGGCUGUGCACGCUCCUCUUGAAGCAGAAAUUCCGUGUCGAAUAUUCGGCCGCCUCGGACGCUUACACGCACGCUCCGGAAGGAUUCAACGAGUUUUACAAUCAACGCCGUCGUUGGGUUCCGUCUACGAUUGCCAACAUCUUCGAUCUUCUGGCCGAUGCGAAGCGUGUCGUCAAGACCAACAACAGUAUCUCGAUGCCGUACAUCAUCUAUCAGUGCAUGCUCAUGUUCGGUACGAUUCUUGGCCCGGGAACGAUCUUCCUCAUGAUGGUGGGAGCUUUGGUGGCCGUGUUCCGUAUCGACAUUUGGACAUCGUUCCUGUGGAACGGAGUCCCUCUCGCCGGGUUCAUGGCUAUCUGCUAUUGGAUGAAGCAAAAGUAUCAACUCAUUGCGGCCUUCUUCAUAUCGGCCAUCUAUUCGCUCGUCAUGAUGGCCGUACUCGUCGGUAUCGUCGUUCAGGUGAUGGAGGACGGUAUACUUGCGCCCUCCUCCGUGUUUUUCCUCGCCGUCGCAUUACAGAUCGUCAUCACCGGGGUGUUGCAUCCUCAGGAAAUGGAAGCCUUGCCGGCCGGGCUUGUGUACUACAUUACAAUCCCUUCCAUGUACAUGUUGCUCGUCAUCUACUCCGUGUUCAACAUGAACGACGUUUCCUGGGGAACUCGAGAAAAUCCCGUCGAUGCAGCUAAGAAGGCACCUCCACCGACAGCUGCACCAGCCGGAAAGAUGCAAAAGAUUCUCGGCUAUCUCCGGUCACCCGACAAGGAAGAGGACGGUUCGAUAGACAUCUCGAUUAACGGACUGUUUCGGUGUUUGCUCUGCACGCAUCCAAAGGCCAGUGCGGAAAAGGAGCAGAUCGCACAAAUUGCAGCAUCUCUCGGCGAAAUAAGCGUCAAAAUGAAGGCACUAGAAAUGAAAUUAACCGGCAACGUCAGCGUAAUGAGAUCAGACGACGAAGAUGAUGACAUCGGCAGUCUCGAUAUGCAUCGCCCGGAAGGUAGCCGAGGCCCGGCCUCGCCCGCCUCAACCUCCGGCGCCGCCUCACCGAUCCAGACGGUGAAAAAUGAUUCCCUUGAAGAGCCCGAGAAGCAGAUUAACUACCUUCCGGACUGGUUGUACGAUGUGGAUCUGAAGAACGGGGACACUGAAACGAUAUCUGCCUCGGAGGAACUGUUCUGGAUUGAGCUUAUCGAGAAGUAUCUGAAGCCACUCGAUCUCACCGAAAAGCAGAAGGACGAGAUGAAGUCACAGCUGAAAGGACUCCGCGAUCUGGCCGUGUUUGCCUUCGUGAUGGCCAACGCACUGUUUGUGUUGGUUAUCUUUUUGCUGCAGUUGAAAAAGCAGGAGCUACACAUCGAGUGGUGGUUUAACGUGAAGAACAAGAUCAGCUUCGACGAAAGCACCGUCGAGAUUAUGAUCCGCCGGGAGUAUCUGGAGCUCGAACCGAUCGGUCUGGUGUUUGUGAUGUUCUUCGGAUUGAUUCUCGUCAUCCAGUUUGUGGCGAUGUUGAUGCAUCGAUUCGGUACCAUCUCCCAGAUUCUUGCCUCGACCGAGCUGAACUGGUAUUGUUCCAAGAAGGCAAAGGACAUGUCGCUCGAUGCGGAACUGCGGGAGAAUGCGGUUGAGAUUGCGCGCCGUCUCCAGCGUCCCAAACCUCAGUGGGACGAGGAAGAUCUGGAGGAUGAACAGAAAGCUAUUGGAAGACGCGACACCAUUCAUCGCAUUCUGUACCAGCACAAAAACAAACAGGACUGGAGCAAUCUGGAAGCGAACUUCAAGCGCAACUACUACAAGGAGGGCGAACUGGACCUGGGUCGCCGACUUACGCUCAGCCGGAAAACGCUCAAUGUGCUCGAUACGCGCCGUAAAUCGAUGGCCGAACAGCGAAAGAUCCGUAAGUCGAUCAUCCGAGGCCAGAACCCGUACGAUUCGGGUGGAGAUCUUUGGUAUCCGGACGAGCCACCGAGUCAGCAGAAUUCUCCCGGUUCGCGAUCGUACAACGGAGCGGGUGGAGGGGCUGGUGGUGGCAAUCGGAAGCGUAGCAGUGCCAACAACAACGGUGGUGGUGGUGGUGGCGGUCGUCAGUCAUCCAACAACGGACUCGGUGCCGGAGGUCGAACCAACUUUGCUUACCAAGUUGACGACGAUUUCGACGAUAACUUCUCGGACGAUGACACUCGCGAAGGCAUGCAGUAUCGCCGACCGACGGUGGAACUGGAGAUGGCCGAACGGGCCAACCGUCCGCCAAAGAAUCGCAAGAGCCGAGUUGCCUUCGCCUAACCGUAGUUGGUCGAACUUCAUCAAGGUGGCGGAAUGGGAAGGAAUGCAAGACACCGAAAGUAACAAAUUACUGCUCAUGAGGUUCCUGUUGAGUUGACGCAAACUUCCGACACUGUGCUGUUGGAUGUGGUUAAGCUCAUCGCCGCUUCCCCCGAAAAAGCCAGCGCGAAUCAACAACAAAAGAACAAAACCGUCUCACACAACAACAAAAAACACAAAAAACCUUCCAAAACUUUUCCUCGGUGCAAGAUGAGCUGCUGCUGCUGCUGUUCCACCGAGCGACAUCACAACGCAAAACCUCCCCGGUGGAUAUUCCGCUGCCCGGCGAGAAAUGAUGAAGGAACCGGAAGAUUAUAGCUCAACGCGAGUGGAACGAGAGCGUGUUCGGUUAAGAGUGCCAAACCAGAAGCGUUGAGCAGUUUCUCAUUUUCACAGAACUAUUUGACUGCGGGCCAUGGCCAGACCACCCACGAACGACUACGUUACGUUUACCCUCGGGCUAUCGUUUACCCGGACACACACACACACACACACACACACACACACACACUUUCUGUCUCCCUCGCUCGUGCAACGAUUUUUCACUGUACGAUCCAGCGGGAAAGGAAAUUUAAUCACUUCUACAAAUGAUUAUCAUAAUAAACUUUUCUUCUAGUGCAACUGGGCAAAAUUUUGCUUUACCAGGAACACUACCAAAAUGUGCCAGCGCAGGGGUUUUCACAGUGGACGAGCGCCAAGCCGGGACUAGGAACACUUUGUUUCUGUUGUUGCUUUUUUGCUCUCUUCAAACUUGCCCAUCACUGACUUUCCGCAGGAGGGUUGGGAGCAAAAUUUUACCAAACGGAAGGAAGUUUGCCGACUUUGCUGGACGGAAUCACUCGUUCGUGGUAAAGUAAUUCCCUCCUGCCGUUACUGAUAACCACCAAGCUUCUUUUCCACGCAACUCGAUCCAGUCCACUAGAACUCUGCCUUCAGUAAGACCUUGUAAGUCGACGUGGAGGUCCUUCUUCCGACGAGGACUAGCGAAAGCUCGUGACUGGAGUCUGGUGCAAAACAAAAAAUAAAUCAAACUUCCUACCUAUCCCGGCAAGCUUUAUCACAGCUCUCAACUCUUUCGCCGCUCGCCCGCUCGGCGACCAUUCAAAGCAGCUCGUGUUGAUUUAUUAGAAAUGCUUGCUUACUUGUGGCUGGUAGUUUCUUAUCGGGUCCUCUAAUAAAAAAAGGUACGUACCCUGUUUACAUCAACCACAACAACAACGAAACGCUUUGAAUCGUUUGCAAUCCCUGCGCGACGGAUGAAGGAUGAAUGUUGUGGUUCUACAAACAACAUAUGCGUCUGGUCGCACAACUUGCACACCUUCAGCCCUCGCUGUAGCCUGUCCAGGACAAACAAACCGUCCGUCGACGACCGACCCAGGCCCAUCAAUCAAUCGUUUCUCACAUCGCUUCACUUCAAUUCGAUUUGGCAUGAACGUACCGCGAUAUUUUAUGACACCGAUUAUGAUUUUAUUGCACAAAAUGGUGGUCACUCUCCCGGCACCGGUACCAGGUCCGCUUUCCGGGAGCCGGCAUUUCUUUCUCCCCAUCCACGACAAGAAGAAUGUGAAAUCAGUCCAUUUAGCUUCACUUUAUGUGACAAUGUCCAUUUUUCCACUCACUUGCUUCCAUUAGGGAUAUUCGAGGACCGGAAGAAUUCCUCAUCCAUACAGAUGUUUCGACGACGGACAUUUUUGCAAGUAAAGUGAGUGUUCAAAAGCGGCACAGAUUUGACCGAAAUUUUGGGGAAAAAAUGGCAUAUUACUAUUUUUCCCGCUGUUAUUGGCCACCCCACUAGCGCGAGUCGUGAAGGGUAAACUAUUUGGUCAAAUUAUGGUUCGAUGGUUGUUUUUUUCGUUCUUUCUUCGGAACAAUUCAUUUCAAUACGUAGGCACCUACCCAACCGGUGAACGUUUUUGCCCCACGCUGCACUCACGCCUGUUAUCACCUGGUCUUUGUGGUGUUCGCUUUCACAACUAUGCAAUAUGUUUGAAUAAUGAUCAAACGAAUUUUUCCACCUCGUUUACACCCAAUCGUAUGGCCAGAAUGCAGUAAUUAAAAUACUAUUUCCUACAGACAUUCAAAUACCACAAAACCUAUGCCACAUGAUGAUGGAGACAGCGGGCAAAAGAACAAUAUACGGAUGAUAAUGUCGACUGUAAACUAUGGCACCCUUUACACAUUUCACGAUCUAUUGUCCGUGUGCUCGGCCAUAUUGCGAACGUAAAACUAGCAGUUGAGCAAACAGUUAUGUUUGCAACUUUAUGUUUGCAUCCGCACUAUUCAGGCUUGCUUGUACUUUCGCACACCUUCAGCCUAAACACACCGUCAAUUCAUAACAAUCGAACGCGACCAUAAACAUGCGUUGCUAACAGCCUAGCGCCUGGUGAACUGGUGAUCGCUUUGAUAUAAAAUUAUUUUAUUUUCCAUCGGGCAUGGUCCCGUAACGAAGGUCAUAUCGUCCUAAUGAGAUCCGCUUGAUAAAAACGGUACGUUUUCCUGCCUCUCCUUGCAGCCCUCGUACUUGCCUGCUGUUUCACUGGUUAAUGCGACUCCCGCCUCGCAGCAGUAAAAUAUCAAACGUAAUAACGAAGCUCGUUUAAUAAAACUGUUAAAUUCCGGCCUCCGGUCUGAAUGUCCAGGACGUGAAACAUAAUUGCGGCACAAACGAGCGUGCAACAGCUGAAUGGCGGCUCACAAUGUGGUCGCUGGCCGUCGGUCAUUUUUCCGUAAUAAUGUCAACAAAGAAUAUUUAAAUGUAAAGCAAAUGUGAGAAGCAGGAAAAAAACUCAAGUCUCCCCAUAAAAAAACGAAGCCAAACGAUUUAGAACACUAAUCAACUGAGUAAUGAUAAGCAGCUUCUACAACAGCUUGGCGUUUUUCGACUAUAAGUAGAUGACAUACUUUCUCUGCACGGAAUUGGGUCAAUCUAUGGAGUCCCCGUUCACCACCACAGCGAUCAGAACUUUGGAACUUCCACGAUACUAACCAACGAAUGGAGUUCCUGACUACUUUAAUGGCUUAUCCUUGUGACUGCUGUCACGAAACCACUUCCCCGAGUCCCUCGGUGCACCACCGACAGUAUGUCAUAUAAGUCCGUUAUGUGUCGUGGAAUACGAUUGUUCGGAUUUAUAUUUGCUCGAUUGGAAAGUUUAUUCAACGCAGUGUACGACACCCUUCACUCGUUCGCCCACCCAUCAGGACACAAAGACGGAACGGAAGUGUAAAAUCAAUGAACCAUCCACAAAAGAUUUCAUGCACUGGCAUUCUUCAGCGUCCACUGUCCCACCAGCCAGACUCAAUCGGUCUGCCAUUCCAUCCUACUUCUUCGCCCACAGUAAGCAUAUCCAGAUUGGAGGAUGCAGCCAUAGUACAAUAAAACCCUACCAGCCGACACAAACCUUCAUCGGCAACUUUUCUGCCCUGCCCUGUUCGAACGCGACCGAAGUGUACGUUACUAUGAAAACUGCAGAAUACAGCAACAGCAAACCAGC